GAUAUGUGUAAAAAUUCGUGUUGUGCUUUCACGGGAAUUUAUAUUAAUGAUGUAACAUGCCGUUUUUGUAAUUUAGAAAGAUAUAUUAUUAGCAAUAAUUCCAAAAAACCGCAAGAACCACAAAAAACUGCAAUGUAUUUUCCAUUAUUAGAAAGAUUUCGUAUUCAGUAUGCGGAUUCAGAACGAGCACUUAAAUUGCGAUAUAGGAGUCAAAGAGAAGAAUGUGAUGAUGAAUAUAGUGAUAUUUUUGAUGGGGAUUUAUACAAAGAACUAGUAGAAGAAGGAUUUUUUUCUGACGAACGAGACAUAGCACUAAUUGGUUCCACUGACGGAUACCAAAUAUUCAGGCAAAAGACGGAUAGUUGC